AUGGUCGAGGCAAGCAAGUUCUGGUUUGAAAAAGCAUGUGGAAGUAGUGAGUGUAAAUCUCUUAUUCAUCCCUGGACGGAUAGAUGUUGCGACGCGACAACAUCUAUGUUAUGGCAUUGUAUACGAGGGAGUUACAAGUUUUACGCUAUGGUUUAUCUUAUACAAAUAUUAAUGAGAGGAAAGAAGUUGGGUAAGAAGGAAAUAAUGGAGCAGUUCAGAUUGUACCUGAAAUCCGGAAUAUUCGGCCUAACAGUGGGCAGUUCUUUUGUUACAUUGAAUUGUAUAUUCCGGAAAUUGUUUUUUAGUGAAUUUUCAUACUACACAACAGUACUGCUGCCGUGUACUGUCAGUGGUUUAGCUGUGUACUUCGAACCUCCACAUAGAAGAGUGCUAGUUGUCAAUCUGUUUGUCAAUUUGGUAUUUGAGUAUUGGUUAAGAACAUUGGAAAUGAAAGGCUGGCUAAGGCGGUCGCCGGGUAGAGAAACGUUAAUUUUCAUGUUGGGUAGCGCCAUCUUCUUCUAUUGUAUGCGUCGUGAUAGAGAGAACGAGAAAAGGACACCUUUAUUUUGGUUCUUCACACCACCAAAGGUUUCCAAGGUGACUGGAGAGCCCAUGACUGGGUUCAAGGGUAAGAGCCCUGCUUGCCCUCAUAGAGAACCAUGCCUUAACUAUGUUUUAAAAGGUACAGCGCAGCUGUUCGGUGUUGGUUGUGCAAUGACAAUGUUAAGAACGAUUAUACCCAAAAUAUUGACACCCACUAAAGCAUUGAAGUCAUUAAAAUUUUCUCAUCUAAGGUUAGGCAUCUUUUUUGGGGGGUACAUCGGUAUUUAUAGGUUAGUCAACUGUUUAUUGUGUCGCGCGCACGGGAAGGACAGCAGUCUAUAUGCUUUGCCCGCGGGUUUCCUCGCCGGUGCCGCUUUCAGAGCUUCUCCAUCUACGCCUAUUGCGCUUGCGCCGGUUACUUCUACGUUACAAAUACUCGGUUCAUGGGCUUACCAGAAAGGUAUGAUCCCCGAAGGGUUGCCUCUAGUAGAGCUCUUGUACUGUUUGUGUCAAGGAAUUUUAUUCCACGCCCGCGUCAUGCACGAGGACGUAUGCCCGAGGUACAUAAUAAACUUGAUGCACACAGUAACAAGUAACAAGGCUGAUGAAAUCCAAGCUGCCUUUAUACAGAAGAUACUUAAAGCGAUGCCAUGA